AUGACGGAGAACGCGGAAAGCAACAACCUGCAUCGGAAUAAGGGCCAUGCCAACUAUUACGGCAAUUCGACACCGGAAAACGACCCGUACUAUCAAGACAGCUACGCACACGACGACUACCAAGUCAAUGGCGAAUAUGACGAGUCGGGUUACUAUGAUGAGUCAGGAUACUACGAAGCGAGACACGAAAAUCCCUACUACAAUGAUGGCGGUUACUAUGACGGUGAAAGCCAGUACGCCGAUGAGUACGGCUACCAUUACACAGACGAGGGCCUAGAUCAGUCCGAUCUCGGCCGUGCGAGCUUUGACGGCUUCAGCAUGCCUAUGGCAGCUUCCCAAAGAUCGGUUCCUGAAUCAGUUGUGGAUUAUGCCGAUGGAAACACGGCGUCAAUUUCGGAGCCAUAUCCUGCAUGGUCGGGGGAAGCUCAGGUUCCCGUGUCAAAGGAGGAAAUCGAGGAAAUCUUUGUGGAACUGACGAACAAGCUCGGGUUCCAAAGAGAUAGCAUGCGAAACAUGUACGAUCAUCUUAUGGUCAUACUUGAUUCCAGAGCAUCGAGAAUGACUCCCAACCAGGCACUCCUAUCGCUUCAUGCCGACUACAUUGGGGGGGACAAUGCCAAUUAUCGAAAGUGGUACUUUGCAGCUUGUUUUGACUUUGAUCACAAGUCGAAAGCAAGCGGUCGCAAAGAAAGACCAAUGGAGAACAAGAAUGAGUCGAAUGUCACAAUUACAGCGACACUAUGCUUCAUUUUCAAGUGCGCGGAUGACUUCGUCAACGCUCCCAUUAGCCAGACAGCGAGUGACGGGGCAGAAGAAUUCGCCUAUCUCAACACGAUUAUAACGCCUUUGUACCGUUACAUCCGCGACGAGCUGUACGAGAUAUCCGAUGGUGUGUACGUACGACGCGAACGUGACCACAAGGACACUAUCGGAUAUGACGACUGCAAUCAACUCUUCUGGUACCCUGAGGGGAUAUCCCGGAUUGUUUUACAAGACGGCGGAAGAAUUGUGGAUUUCUCCCCUGAGGAGCGAUAUCUGAAACUCAGGGAUGUGAAAUGGCAAAAGUGCUUUUUCAAGACAUACAAAGAGACCAGAUCCUGGCUGCAUAUGCUCAUCAACUUUAAUCGCAUCUGGAUAAUCCACGUCACGAUGUUCUGGUUUUAUACCUCCCACAACGCCCCAACGCUUCUUGUAAAAGACUACGAGCAGACCCUCGAUCAACAGCCGACACCGGCUAAGCAAUUCUCUAUUGUUGGAUUUGGCGGCUGCAUUGCGACUUUGAUACAGAUCUUGGCCACUUUUGCUGAAUGGGUCUACGUUCCUCGAAAAUGGCCUGGGGCGAGUCACUUGACAAGUCGAUUGUUCAUCCUCAUCGGCAUUCUAAUUCUCAAUGCUGCUCCUGGCGUCAAAGUCUUUCUUUUCCCCACGCAGACGAAGGACAAGCUGUACCGCAUUGAUCUAGCACUCGGCAUCGUCCAGUUUGUUAUUGCAGUGCUGACAUAUAUUUAUUUCUCCAUUGUUCCACUCGAGAGCUUGUUUGGGAAGUUCUGGAAAAAGAAUAGGAAUCGUCCUCUCGCCAAUCAAGUCUUUACUGACAACUUUCCGGAUCUCUCAUUCAACGAUCGUGCUACUUCGGUUGGCCUAUGGAUGAUCGUCUUUGGCAUCAAAUUUGGUGUGUCCUACAAGUUCCUGACCUUGUCCUACAGAGAUGUCAUCCGCUAUUUGGACAUUGCCAAAGUGACCUGUGCAGGUGACAACAUCUUUGGAAAGGUCACCGACGUUCUUUGCAAACAUCACAAUGUCAUUCUCAUUGUCCUUACGGGAUGUACCGACGUCAUCUUCUUUUUCCUCGAUACCUACCUCUGGUAUGUGUUAGUUAAUACAGCAUUCUCCAUUGCUCGCGCAUUUUAUCUUGGCUCGUCUAUUUUGACGCCCUGGCGAAAUGUUUUCACACGCCUGCCGAAGCGCAUCUACUCAAAGGUGCUAGCGACGCCGGAUAUGGACGUCAAGUAUCAACCGAAAAUUCUCAUUUCGCAAAUCUGGAACGCGGUAGUUAUUUCGAUGUAUCGCGAACACCUCCUUGCGCUUGAGCACGUCCAGAAGCUACUCUAUUACCAGGUGUCUUCUGAAGAGACUGGAAAACGCACUCUGCGGGCGCCUACCUUUUUCGUCUCCCAAGAUGACAAUUCUUUCAAGUCUGAAUUCUUCCCCGCCAACAGUGAGGCAUCGCGCCGAAUAUCCUUUUUUGCCCAGUCACUCUCUAUGCCUCUCCCAGAGCCAGCGCCAGUCGAUGGCAUGCCAACUUUCACUGUUAUGAUCCCGCACUAUAGCGAAAAGAUUCUUUUGACGCUCCGGGAGAUUAUUCGUGAAGAAGACCCACAUUCAAGAGUCACUGUACUUGAGUAUCUCAAACAGCUACACCCCCACGAAUGGGAGUGUUUCGUGGAGGAUACGAAGAUCCUCGCAGACGGUACAGCUGGCGUCGAGCCAGACGAAGACAAGAAAAAGGUUGACGACCUUCCAUUCUACUGCAUUGGAUUCAAAUCAUCUUCUCCUGAAUACACUCUACGGACGCGCAUUUGGUCGUCUCUCCGAUCGCAGACCUUAUAUCGCACUGUUUCCGGCUUUAUGAACUAUGCUCGCGCUAUCAAGCUUCUGUACCGCGUGGAAAAUCCGGAGGAAGUGCAAGCAUUUGGACGUCAAGCACACAGAUUGGACCAGGAACUCGAGCGCAUGUCGCGGAGAAAGUUCAAGAUCUUAGUGUCUAUGCAGCGCUUUACAAAAUUCUCAAAAGACGAAAUGGAGAAUACAGAGUUCAUGUUGCGAGCGUUUCCUGACCUUCAAAUUGCGUACCUCGACGAAGAGGCGCCGGAAGUCGAUGGAGAAGAGCCAAGAAUCUUUUCAACCUUGAUCGACGGUCACUCGGAGAUUAUGGAAAACGGCCAACGAAAACCCAAAUUCCGGGUGCAACUUUCCGGCAAUCCAAUUCUGGGCGACGGCAAGUCAGACAAUCAAAACCAGGCGCUGAUUUUCUAUCGUGGAGAGUAUAUCCAGCUGGUGGAUGCAAAUCAGGAUAAUUACCUCGAGGAGUGUCUUAAAAUCCGCAAUGUACUGGCUGAGUUCGAAGAGAUGACUGCGAGCAAGCUAUCGCCAUACUCCCCCAACUUUCACACCAAAUCACCAGUGGCCAUCGUCGGAGCUCGCGAGUACAUUUUCUCUGAGAGCAUGGGUGUCUUGGGAGAUAUUGCGGCAGGAAAAGAACAGACAUUUGGCACGCUCUUUGCACGCACUCUAUCACAAAUUGGCGCAAAGUUGCACUACGGUCACCCUGAUUUCCUCAACGGCAUUUUUAUGACUACGCGCGGUGGUGUGUCCAAGGCACAGAAAGGCUUGCAUCUAAACGAAGAUAUCUUUGCGGGUCGCGACCUCGGCUUCGGUUCCGUACUGAACUUCACCACCAAAAUCGGAACCGGCAUGGGCGAGCAGCUACUGUGCCGGGAGUAUUACUACAUCGGCACACAGCUUCCUCUAGACCGCUUUCUCUCUUUCUACUACGCCCACCCUGGAUUUCAUGUCAACAACAUGUUCAUCAUGUUUUCCAUUCAGCUCUUCAUGAUCUGUCUGCUCAAUAUCGGCGUCUUCAGUUACGAGACUAUCCCCUGCGAUUAUAAUCCAGACAAACCAAUCACAGACCUCCUGCUACCUGUAGGCUGUGUGAAUACAAAUGCCCUAAUAGACUGGAUCUGGAGGUGUAUCCUGUCCAUCUUUGUCGUCUUCUUCAUCUCCUUCAUACCCCUUGUGGCUCAUGAAGUAAUCGACCGAGGCGUCCUACGAGCCGUCACGCGCUUUCUGAAGCAGCUGUUCUCCCUCUCCAUCUUUUUCGAAAUUUUCGCUUGUCAAAUUUACGCCAAUGCUAUUGAGCAAGACAUUUCCUAUGGUGGCGCGCGCUACAUCGGCACAGGCCGCGGCUUUGCGACGUCGCGCAUUCCUUUCGGCGUCCUAUAUUCGCGCUUCGCCGGUAACUCGAUUUAUCUUGGCUUUCGGCUGCUAGUGAUCUUGCUUUUCACGUCGGUCACUAUAUGGCAGGCUGGGUUGACAUAUUUUUGGAUCUCGGUGCUGGCUCUUACUAUUUCGCCUUUUCUCUUCAACCCUCAUCAAUUUGCGUGGGGCGACUUUUUCAUCGACUACCGGGAGUUUAUUCGUUGGUUAUCUCGCGGCAAUUCGAGAACGCAUACCUCUUCUUGGAUCUCCUUUUGCCGCUUCUCACGGACAAGAAUAAUUGGAUACAAGCGCAAAGUACUGGGUGAAAAGUCCCACGUGUCAGAUGUUGCCCGACCGCCCAAACUCAAUUUGUUUCUGAGCGAGAUCCUGGCACCGUUUCUGCUCGCGGUUGUUACCGUGAUACCAUAUCUCUUCAUCAAUGCGCAGACCGGUGUCAUUCCGGAAAACAAUGAUGAUACAAAAACAGCCCCAACUGACUCUCUCAUUCGCGUUCUCAUCAUUGCGGUCGGGCCAAUUGCAUUAAACUUGGCAGUUCUUGCGGUCAUGUUUGCCAUGGCUUGCUGCAUGGGUCCGGUCUUGAGUAUGUGCUGCAAGCGUUUUGGUUCUGUCCUAGCUGCUAUUGCUCACGGUCUUGCGGUCGUUUUCAUGCUGGUCUCAUUCGAGGCCAUGUUCGUCUUUGAGAGUUUCAACUUUGCCCGCACUCUGGCAGGGUUAGUCGCUGUUAUUGCAAUCCAGCGGUUCAUCAUUAAGCUCAUUGUCACACUGGCUCUCACACGAGAAUUCAAGACAGAUCAGUCUAAUCUUGCAUUUUGGACGGGCAAAUGGUAUUCCAUGGGCUGGCAUUCCAUGUCACAGCCAGCGCGCGAACUGCUUUGCAAACUGGUCGAGUUGAGCAUGUUUGCGGCUGACUUUAUCAUUGGUCAUUGGAUACUGAUUCUUAUGUUUCCCUUGCUACUGAUCCCACGCAUCGAUACACUUCACUCCAUGCUCUUAUUCUGGCUGUUACCAAGCCGCCAGAUUCGUCCUCCGAUAUAUUCUUUGAAGCAGUCCAAGCUGCGCAAAACGCGUGUAGCUCGAUACGCCGCCCUAUACCUUUGCCUGCUUGUUGUAUUUGUCGGUAUGGUUGCCGGUCCAAUUGCAUACAGCAACGCGGGCGAGCCAGCUUCAUUACUUAGCAAAAUCCCCAAAAUCGGAGAUUUCGUGCUUCUGCAGCCGAAUCAUCAAAAUAACAACAAUACCUCUGGAGAUGUCAAGAAUCUCACAACCACAGCGAGUACAUAG